GGGGCUUCCAGCAGCUUCUACAGCACCUAAAUGAUUUCUCAGGCCUCAAUCGUGGUGUCUAAUGGUAAAUGUGCUUGACUUUGACCUAGGCCGAGUUGAAUUUCAGCUCACCUCUGAACAUGCACAACUUCAUGUCCAAGCUUCAACUACAGCUGAACAAAAAUGGCCUCGACGGGCCCUCAGCAAUCGUCCUACGACGAGCUACUGGAGAGGCUCGUUGACUUGGGCACAAAAGCCUUUGACCCGAGCCUCCCUAGGGAUUCGAGAGAGCCAGCUCGCCAAGAGUUUGACGACUAUGUCCAGAAAGCCGGAACCGUGCCCAUAAUCCCGGCCCUCAACACCCUGAUCCAGCCCAACAAGGUCCCGCCAUGGCUGCGCACCGAGUUCGUGCGCCUGCUGGCCACGGUGCCGCUCCGCCGCUACGGCGUGCGCGCGACGCUGGAGUUCGUCUUUGCCGUCCAUCCCACCACCGUCCCGGGCGGCGCCGCGCAGGCAGCCUCGGCGCCGGGGGGGCCGCGGCCGUCCAAGCCCGGCGAGCAGCAGAAGCGUCGCAACGCCACCAUCACUCAGGAGGCCAUGGCCAUGGCCUCGCGCCUCCUGUCCACGCCGCCCGCCUCCGUGUCGGCCGACGAGUGGUUCGCCGGCAUCUCCCCACAGCUGAUGGAGAUCCUCGACGGCGACCACGGCCUGGAGCUGACUAAGGUGGCGGCCUAUGUCGUUGGGUUUGGCAUCUUGGGCCGUAGGCAGUUUGGCGCCCCUGGUAAUACUUUCCCCGACACCUGCUAUGCGCCGAGACUGCUCUGGGAAGCUCCGGCUGAUGAUAAUAAUCCAACAAUUUAGGCACUGCUGGCUGGCGCAGUUUCGUCGAACCGAUGCUCAAGGCUAUCAAGCCUGGCCCGCAAGAGGUAGAUUCUCUGGACCCGGCAGGCUCGGACGAGGUUGUCGACCUCAGCAAGCCCUCAGUCCUCGUUUCGCCGGCUGAUUUAGCCACCGGUCUCCGUCGGCUUCACCACUUGGUCGUGUCGCACCCCAACCCCGGCCUGGCACGGCGCCUGAUAAGCCCCGUUCUCCUUCCCCUGUGGUCUCUUACUUGGAGGGGAAACCCUCAGACAAAAGAGUCUGAAGAGGACGACUACUUCCGCCCGGCACAAAACCUGCUGACCAUUUACCUGAAAGUCGCUGGCUCCCUGGGUCCAGUCUAUACUAUCAUCCACAACCUUCUUUACAACGGGGAGCGGAAUAGCGAGAGACUGAUAUGGGCGUUCGAAGAGCUGCCUGAAAGGAAGAUGCAGAUUGUUGUGCCUCCGCGGCAGCAAGCGUUCCUUCUAGCUGCCGAGGAGAUCAACCUGCCCCAAGCUGAACAGCGAGGCCAGAGGCUCUUGACAUUGCUCGGCUCCGUCUUCACAGAUGAAGAAAUAUCUACGAUAUUUUUGGAUCUGUUCGGCCGAUGGGUCAAGCCCGGAGGACAAAAGGAGACUUCCUUCUUGCAAACCAAAGGCGAGGCCGAUACGGGCCAGGACCCUAAACAUCUGUUGCUGGAGAAUCAGGUGCUCCAAGCCAUGAUGCUAAAAUUUCCCGAGAGGCUGGCCAGCCAACCAGGCCACAUUCUUAAACUCGUCGACGAGAUCCUCACUCAGCCGGAUGGCGAGCAGCAGGACGAUGAAGUCAUAUCCGUGGCGCUGAGUUUGCUCAAUAUGAUUGCGACAACACCCAACUUCCGCAGGAGCAUUGUGAACAAGGAUCUGAUGGAAUCGAUCGAGCAGGCACUGGGCAAGCUCAGUAGGCAUGGGAGCGGCGAUGUCUCAACAACGGCCGCGAACCUCGCGCUCUUUCUCAAAUACCGAGACGGAUUCGAGCCCGAGGAUUCCGGGCCCAGCCAGACAGACCGACAGGUUCAGGACCGCAAGACGUACGCGCUGGCGGUGUCAUACAUCACCGACUCCGACUCCCCGCCGCCCGUGCGAUCCGAGGGCCUGAACCUCAUCCAGAGCCUCGUGCUGGCCAACAGCCCCGUCCUGGACAUAUCGGCGGUGCUGGUGCUCCUGUCCAAGCUGCUGGCCGAGGACGAGGACUACAUCAACCUGCGCGUCGUCAGGAUGUACACGCAGCUGGCCGACCGGCACCCCAAGUCGGUCACGCGCGAGCUCGUCGACCGCUACGUGGACGCGGCCGAGCUCGCGGCCGUCGACACGCGCCUCCGCUUUGGCGAGGCCCUCGCGCAGGCCGUCGAGCGCCUCGGCCAGACCUUUGCCGGCGACGCCGCGCGCCACGUCUGCGAGGCGCUCCUGUUGCUGGCCGGCCGCCGCGGCCACCGGCCCAAGACGGAGGCGAAGCAGGCCCGGGACGAGAGGCUGAGGAAGCUCAAGGCCGAGAGGGGGGAGCUUGACGACGAGAACGAUGCCGACGACGAUGACGCCGCCGCCGCCGGCGGGCUGUCGGAGCGGCAGCGGGAGGACAACGAGGUGCUGGCGCGCAUCGUCGAGGGCUGGGGCAGCAAGCGCGGGGCCGAGGACGUGCGCGUGCGGGCGUCGGCGCUGUCGAUACUCGCCGACGCCAUCGAGACCAACGUCGGCGGCGUCGGCCCGGAGCUCGCGGCGUCGGCCGUCGACCUGUGCCUGCAGGUGCUGGCGCUCGAGCCCGAGCCCGAGAAGGGCAUCCUGCGCCGGUCGGCCGCGCUGCUCGUCCUGGCCUUUGCGCGCGCCCUGGACGCGGCCAGGCGCGAGGGGCGGCGGCUCGGGUUCGGCCUCACCGAGGAGAGCAGGGGUGACAUGGUGCGCGUGCUCGGCUACGUCGCCGACACGGACGGCGACGGGCUGGUGAGGCAGCACGCGCGGGACGUGGUCGAGAGUUUGGAGAACUUCCGGCUGGGCAUGGCGAUGCCCGAGCUGGGCGAGGGCGGCGGCGGCGGCGGCGGCGUCCCGCCCAUCGCGCGCCUGGCGGGUAUUGAUUUGGACUUGCGGAACGUCGGGGCUGGGAACACGGCGGCGAGGCCGGUUAUCGAGGAGGUUGAGUAGGGGUGUGGAUAGGGCGACCUCCAGAGGCAUCUGGUUGCAAUGUGCAACAGCUCGCCAGACAGAAAAUUAAAUAUGAACCUGGCCAUGUCAACAUCUGGUAUCCGUGGCACCUGGAAUCUCUUCCGCCUCAUCAGUCCCUUCUGACAGUCAACAUUCGUCUUUGACCGAUCUCCUAACAUAUGCCACACGGCAAGUAGACGCGGUGCCCAGAAAGCCACAUGGAGAUUGUUAACUAUCGAAUGACACAGGAGCAUACGCCGCCAUCUUGUGUCUCGGUGUAGAUAUAUUUACUUAUUUAUACUCUGUUCUGUCUAUGGAAGAGACCUCAGUGCUACUGCUAGGUGUUGCGUGGGAAAAACCCUUGGGUUGUGCCUAGGGAGGAAAACCCUGCGCCUGCGACCCGGCACCGGGUCGCAGGUGUAGAUAUAUGAUAUGGCUUAGUACAAAACAUGCACCAUGGAAACAGCCUGUCACGGUGUCCGAAAUCUCCAUCAUCUCCACCACAAAUCUCAGCACGACCAGUCCGGGCAG